CCAGCAACGCAAGAGAGCUCGCGCGCUCUCUCUGGCCAGGGAGAAAAAGAGCAAGACAGACUCAGAUCAGUCCGGGAGAGGAGAGGACGGAACCGAACGUUUUUCUGAGGCCUCCGUUCAUCUGCCCCCUUACCCAAAGUCGGGAGCAGUUGGCACCGGGAGCCAGCUUCCGAGGACAGCUCACUACAGAGACCGGCGUCCUCUGGCGGCAGAGAAACAGGUCUUUCUACGAUUUUCGAGACGAAUCGGCACGCUCUUAAAUGCCAAGGGGGCGUGGCUAAAGUACAGAAAAGUAUGAAGAAAGUGUAGAAAAGUUUCUAAAGUUGCUGGCCGACCACAGCCCGAAGGGGUAAGUAAAAGUAGGAAGGUAACAGACUUCACCAGAAGAGAUGACUCACUUCAGACGUCGUCCUGGGUUCUAAUCCAUGUUCAUCCAUCCUUGCAAAGUUUGGAAACUGAGGCAGGAGAAGUUUCCAACCAAAACUUGAAAAAAAAAAUAAAUAUAUUUUUUUUCACCCUAGUUUGGCUGGGUGCUCCGUCUUACGGAGCCCCAAAUUUAAUUUGAAAAGCCGCAACCGUGUUAUGGGCAUGCUCAACUGCCUCCACGGCAACAAUAUGUCAGGACAACACGAUAUCCCCCCUGAAGGGGAACAGCCCGAGCAAGAACCUUUGGAAGCCCAAGGGGCAGCUCCCCCCGGUGCUGGGGCUGGCCCAGCCGAAGAACUGGAGACCGAACCGUCUAACAAUGAGCCCGUCCCCGACGAGACUGGCAAUGAGAUCAGUGGACCCCCAGAAGACUCAAAAUCUGACAUCCGGAGUCCCCAGCAGGCCGUCGAGGAAGUCCGAGUGGGUGGAGACUACAGCCCACCUCCGGAGGAAGCCAUGCCAUUCGAGCCACAACAGCCCAGCCCGGGACAUUUCUGGCCCACCCUGGGGCAGCCUGGACCAUCUGGGACCCCAUCAGGCUUCAAAGUCUUCAACCCAGCGAUUUUGGAGCCCGGGACCCCCACUGGUGCGACCCCAGGCUGGGGAGCCUCUACCCCCCCACCAGAAGAAGCUAUGCCAUUUGAGUUCAAUGAGCCUGCCCGGGGAGACCGGAGCCAGCCUCCCUUGCAAGUCCCAGACCUUGCUCCAGGAGGUCCGGAAGCAUUGGUCCCCAGCGCUCUUCCCGCGGAGCCCGGGAACGUCAGAUUUGAAAACGCUAGCUUCCGAGGAGACUACAGCCCCCCCCCUGAAGAAUCUGUGCCAUUUCAGGUCGGUGGAGAAGAAAUCGGGGGCGCUAGCCCACCCCCAGGCCUCCCGCGAGUCAUCCCUCAAACCGCCAUUGGCGGCGAGCUCACGACAGCCGCGGUCCCGAGUACGCUCUGCCUCGCUCCCGCCGAGAGCGCGCCUCCCCUCUGGGUCCAAGGCGCCAUUGACAGACCAUUCCGCGAGGCUAUCAGAUCUCCUCCUAACUUCGCUUGCGACAGCCCCCCAAUGGAGAUCACCAGACCCCAGCUUGAGAUUGGCAGAGCCUCCAUUGGGGUCGACGACGACAUCGCUGUCAAUAUGGACAGCCCCCCAAUCGCAAGUGUUGGCCCGCCCAUCGAAGUCUCCGGAGCCCCAGAUAAGAGCCAGCGCACAGAGAGACCCCCAGUUGAGCGAGAAGCAGCCGAGAUGGAAGGAAGCCCUACCACCGCUGCUGCGGUGGAAGGAAAAGUCCCCUCUCCGGAGAGAGAGGACAGAUCCUCCACCGAGCCUGAAGCAAUGGAUGCCAAGCCAGCCCCUGCUGCCCAAGCCGACGACGACAUUACCGGAUCCGAAGCUGACGGAGGUUCUCCGGAUGCCGCGAUGCUCGGAGUUAGCGACUCGGAUCUCGGAGAAGGCGAUACCGAUCCAGGAACACCUUCAGAUCUCCAGUCGGAUCCUGAAGAAGUCGGAGAAGCCCCAGCUGUCCGCGACGAGCCUGACGGAGGUACGGCCCCAGUCGCCCCAGCCACUCCUGCCGAGUCUGAGGGCGCCAGAGAUCCAGCCGCCGAGCCAGCCUCCGAGGCAGUCCCUGCCACCACGGCCGAGUCUGCCUCCGGGGCAGCCCCUAUCACCCAGGUGGAGCCCGCAGCCGCGGCAGGCUCUGCCACCACGGCCGAGCCUGCCGCCCGGGCAGCCCCUAUCGCCCCUAAGGAGCCCUUUACCCGGGCAGUCCCCUCUGCUAGAGCCCAUCCGGCAGCCGGAGCAGUCCCUGGCGCCCCAGCCAUGUCAGCCUCUGCUAGAGCAGCUGCCGCUAGGGCAGCCUAUGCAGGUCCACUGGUCUGGGGAGCCAGGUCACUCUCUGCUACCCCCGCCGCCCGGGCAUCCCUUCCUGCCCGAGCAGCAGCUGCCGCCCGGGCAGCCUCUGCUGCCCGCGCAGUCAUUGCUGGCCAGUCGAUCUCUGCCGCCCCAAGCAGGGCCCAUCUUAGACCCCCCAGCCCCGAGAUCCAGGUUGCUGAUCCGCCUACUCCGAGGCCUCCUCCGCGGCCGAGCGCCUGGCCUGACAAGUACGAGCAGCGGGGCCGAAGCUGCUGCAGGUACGAGACAGCAACCGGAAUCUGCGAGAUCGAGUCCUCCAGUGAUGAGUCGGAAGAAGGGGCCACCGGCUGCUUCCAGUGGCUUCUGCGGCGAAACCGCCGCCCUGGCCUGCCCCGGAGCCACACGGUCGGGAGCAACCCAAUCCGCAACUUCUUCACCCGAGCCUUCGGGAGCUGCUUCGGUCUAUCCGAGUGCAUCCGUUCACGGUCCCUCAGCCCCCGGAAGGCCAAGGAUUCUAUGGCGGAGAGGCGCAAACAGCUGCGCAAAGAAGUCAUUGAGAUGCGAGAGCAGAUGCGUGCAGAGAAGAAACGCAGCAAGGAAAUCGACAAGCAACUGGAGGAGGAGAAGAUGGACUACAUGUGUACACACCGCCUGCUGCUUUUAGGGAGAAAAGUGGUGCCGAGCGACACUGAGGGUCGUUACCGGCCGGAGGCCAGCGCCAGCGCCAGCGAUCGUAGGCUGGACAGGCGGGGGCGUGAGGUGAGCCCAGAACUGCUGGGGUGGGCCCUUCGGGGCUCCCCCGGCUCAAUUGUUCGUGACCGCGGUGGGCUAGGGCCAUCGGGGUGCGCGCCCCCGCCUCGCCUAGCACGGCUGCUUCGACUCAGACAGCUUGUUGUUGGUGUGUGUUGGUGUCCAUUUUCUGUGUUCGCCUGUGCAUGACGUGCUCAGUGUGCCCCAAUUUUCACCCCAGAUACUUUCUACGUACCCGCCGAUUUUAUAUUUGUACUCUGAAAUAGGUUACCUUGUGAUUUGCGCCAUGGCGCGGCCAAAACUUUCCGUGUUGGUAGACUCUGUAAUAACCUGUGUGCAGACUCUCUGCAGCGAGCAGAGGGAAAACGCGCAGGCAACGGUGGCGUGGCAUCCUGGGUAAUCUGCUGGGCCGAUGGCUGGGGGUAGUGGGACCCGCCGCCGCGGGCCUCCAUAACCUUUUUCCCGGUAUGUCUCUCUCUCUUUUCCCCUUUGAGUUAAACAUUUCCUCACUUCUCAAUACAUAUGUCAAACCCUCCCUCAUUAACGGUUGAAAAAACAGACACUUAGGGAUCUAGGGCUUUGGGGUUGUUCAAAACAUGUAUUCUGUGCACACGCACACACAUACUGGGUCCACCUGUGGGGGGGAGUAGA